UAGUGUACAGUGCUAGUAUAAUAGAAGAUCAUAUUAUUUACGCCCUUAAGAUAUUGUUUGGAGAAGUUGGAGCUGCUUUGCCAUUUCAGGUUACAAGUGUGGAUUCUGGUACCCGUGAAAUCCACAUCAUUAUCGACAAAAUAUAUUUACAAAAAUUCAGGAGUGCGCUGACUCUGCAGGACCAGUACCAAGGAGUAUCUUGCUGUUUCACUACUCUUAAAAUUCAACAACUAGAUACAAUUUAAUCGAUCAAUCAAACUCAAACAAAACCUAAAAACAGAAGGAAAAAAUGGCGCGUAACAGUGAAAAGGCAAUGACAGCUCUGGCUAGGUGGAGACGAGGGAAGGAGGAGGAGGAAGGAAUUAUCAGCAAGAAAAAUGAAAAACGUCCAUACCUCGCCACAGAGUGUGAUAACCUUGGGGAAGCUGAACGAUGGAGGGGACAGGUUAUUCGUGAGAUUUCCAAGAACGUGACAGCUAUUCAGAACGCUGGUCUGGGAGAGUUCAGGAUUAGAGAUCUUAAUGAUCACAUUAACAAACUUCUCAGGGAGAAAAUGCAUUGGGAAACAAGGAUUCGAGAGUUGGGAGGGAAAAGCUAUUCCUCGAAGGGAGCACGAAUGUUGGAUAGAGAAGGUAAAGAGGUACCAGGGAACCGUGGAUACAAGUACUUCGGAGCUGCGAGAGAUUUACCGGGAGUUAGAGAACUAUUUGAUACAGACGUUGCCCCGUCAGGGAAGAAAACAAGGGCAGAGUUAAUGAAGGAUGUGGACGCUCAGUACUACGGAUUCAGGGAUGACGACGAUGGACUUCUUGUGCCAAUGGAGGUCGUUGCAGAAAAGAAUGCGAUUAAUGCAGCCAUCCAGGAGUACAAGGAAAAGAAAGGUAUGGCCGAAGAUGAUGAUGACGUUGACAUUUACCUCAAAGACGACAAGGGCGAGGACGAGGCUCUCCAGGAGGCCAUGGAGGCCGGGAAGGAAGGAAGGUUUAUGGCUCAUGUUCCUAUUCCAACUCAAAGGGAUAUUGAGGAGGCGCUCCUUCGAAGAAAGAAGCAAGAGCUUCUGGAACUCCUGGCCAUAGACGACACGUUGGAGGAUAUCGAGAAGGAAAGUGGUGUGGAGAAAAAAGAAAUAAAACCUGAAGAUGUUCCGGAGAUAAAAGAGAUUGUUAAACCUGCACAUGUUGUCCUUCCAGACUUGGACACAGAGAUGGGAGAGGUCAAACCACCGGGGGACGAAUAAAAAUAUUUCCAAGACAAAUAAAUCUCGUAUUUAAUUAAAUGAAGUAAACCCCCAUUCUCAUCGAAAUUUUCAAUGAUCUUAAGAGAUAUAGGGUAAACAUAAUUCUAUUCUCUCAGAAAACAAACUUUUUAUUUCAUCGCGUUUUUUAAUUUCAGAAA